UCACAAAUCAUGCUGACUCUCUGGCUGCAAAACAAAGCUUAAGACCCAAGAUGCAGGCUGAGAGGGACAUUUCUUCGACAACCAAAAAUAUUUACAACAUUUUAUUGUUUAUAUAUUUUGGUUUCUUCAAUUCAGGGGAAGUGACGGCGGUGAAUAUGACUAUCCCCAAUACUCUCAUCAAAGGAGCAGUUGGAGGGGAGGCUCUUCUUUCAGUUCGGUACAAUAGCUUCAGCCUUGAUCUCCCGGUCAUCAAGUGGCAGCUCAAGAGGGAAAAGUCCGUCACUGUUGUGCAGUCAAUUGGAACAGACAUCAUUGGGACCUUGAGGCCAGAGUAUCGCGAUCGCAUCUUGGUAUUUGAGAACGGUACUCUGCUACUCCACAACCUCAGACUCGCUGAUGACGGAGUUUAUGAUGUGGAGAUCUCCAUCACAGAUGAUACCUUCACGGGAGAGGGCAGCAUCACACUCACCGUGGAUGAGCUUAUAUCCAGGCCCUAUAUCGACAUGGAGUCUUCUUCAGUACUGGAACUCAGUGAAAACGUCAUAUUCAACUGCUCCCACGACAAUGGGACCAGGACAACAUACAGGUGGUUAAAAGGUGGAAAGCCCCUGACAAAUCGGACAAGGUUUGUGCUGUCACCUGACCAGAAGCUGCUGACCAUCACACGGGUAUUGAUGGCGGACGAUGAUGUCUACAGCUGCGUUGUGGAGAACCCUGUGGGGAAUAUGACAAGCCUGCCUAUCAGGCUGUCCGUGUACAGAAGAAGCUCCCUCUACAUCAUUCUUUCCACUGGUGGAAUCUUUCUUCUCAUCACAUUGGGGACAGUGUGCGCCUGCUGGACUCCGUCGAAAAAGUCAAGACAGCAAACCAGAAAGCAUCUGUCCAGGAGUCGUGACCACUCUCAUCACAUACCCAUCAAUUAUGAUGGAUCCCUCCAUGGACGACUCCUCCAGCAACAGUAUUGGAUCUCCUUC